UAGCGGAUAAAAGCAGCCGGGCUCCCUGAGGCAGCGAGUUCGGCUCCCUCCUGGCCGCUGCUAGGUCCAGCCACUGCCCACGCCAUGUCCAUCCGCCUGAGCAACCAAGUCUUCAGCUCGCGCUCCGCAGCCUUCCCGGGCCGGGGCGCCCACCUGCGCCUGAGCUCCGCGCGCCCCGCCACCUUCAGCAGCAGCAGCCUCUACGGCUCGGGCGCCCCUCGGCCGCUGGGGGCCCCGCGCCCCUCCCUCCGGAGCCCCGCGGGCGCGGGCAUCCAGGCGGUGACCGUCAACCAGAACCUGCUGGUCCCCCUGCGCGUGGACAUCGACCCCGACUUCCAGCGGGUGCGCCAGGAGGAGCACGACCAGAUCAGGACCCUCAACGACAAGUUCGCCUCCUUCAUCGACAAGGUGCGGUUUUUGGAGCAGCAGAACAAGCUGCUGGAGACCAAGUGGGCCCUGCUGCAGGAGCAGAGAUCGGCCAAGAGCAGCAACCUCCCAGGCAUCUUUGAGGCUCAGAUUGCUGGCCUGCGGAGGCAGCUGGAGAAACUGCAGGUGGAUGGGGGCCACCUGGAGGUGGAGCUGCGGAGCGUGCAGGAGGUGGUGGAAGACUUCAAGAGCAAGUACGAAGAAGAAGUGAACCGUCGCACAGCAGCUGAGAAUGAGUUUGUGGUGCUGAAGAAGGACGUGGACGCCGCCUACAUGAGCAAGGUGGAUCUGGAGGCCAAGGUAGACGCCAUGAACGACGAGAUCAACUUCCUGAAGACCCUCUAUGAGACGGAGUUGGCAGAGCUGCAAUCCCAAAUCUCGGACACGUCCGUGGUGCUGUCCAUGGACAACAACCGCUCCCUGGACCUGGACGGCAUCAUCGCCGAGGUCAAGGCCCAUUACGAGGACAUUGCCAAUCGCAGCCGGGCCGAGGCGGAGUCCUGGUACCAGACCAAGUUUGAGAAUCUCCAGGCCCAGGCAGGCAAGCACGGGGAGGACCUCAAGAAUACCCUCCACGAGAUUUCGGAGAUGAACCGGGCCAUCCAGAGACUGCAGGCUGAUAUCGACAACAUCAAGAACCAGCGAGCCAAGCUGGAAGCUGCCAUUGCCGAGGCCGAGGAGCACGGGGAUCUGACACUGAAGGAUGCUCACGCCAAGCAGGAAGAGCUGGAGGCCGCCCUGCAGCGGGCCAAGCAGGACAUGGCGAGGCAGCUGCGCGAGUACCAGGAGCUCAUGAACACCAAGCUGGCCCUGGACAUCGAGAUCGCCACCUACCGCAAGCUGCUGGAGGGCGAGGAGAGCCGGUUGGCCGAAGAUGGGAUGGGAAAAUUGAAACUCUCUGUGCAAACCACUAGUGGCGCUGGCAGCAGGCUCACCUUCGGAGGAACCAUGGGCACUAAUGCCCUGAGCUUCUUGAGUGGCGGGGGGCCUGCGACCCGCAAGACCCUUUCUUCCAAGACCACCUCUGUCACCAGCUGGAAUGCCCACAGCUGAGCCCAGUUGAGGGAGACGCACACCCUCCUGCCACAGUCACGGGAGGAAGCUCUUCCCUCUCACCCCUGGCCCCAAGACGGCACGGCAACUCGAAAAAUGAUGUCAGAAGAGACCCCAAUAAAGCAGCCUCUUUGAGGCCUGGGUGAGC